AUGAACACCCUCAUUGCGUGUCGAGCACUUCAGGGUAUCGGCGGGUCUGGCUUGUUCUCAGUGACCAUGAUCAUCUUCCCUGAGAUGACCCCACCAAAAUCCAGGAACUACAUAGCCCCUCUGAUCGGAGCUGUGGUUUCAACAUCUGGCGUGCUUGGUCCUGUUCUCGGUGGUCUGUUCACUGCUUACACCACAUGGCGGUGGGUGUUCUGGAUCAAUGGUCCCAUCGGAUUCUUCUCCAUGAUUCUUUUCUACAUCUCAUGGCCAGACGCUGAGUACCUGCCUACCAUACAUAAGCGAUCAUGGAAAGACUUGGACUUUCCGGGGUCGCUGCUGGUUGUGACAGCCGCCGUCCUUGUCGUCUUUGCCUUUCAGGACGCUGGGUAUAGCCAUUCGGAGAACCCAUGGGCCAGGGCAACCUUCAUCGGCCCCCUGGUGGCUGGCCUCAUCUGUUGGAUUAGCCUCUUUGUAUGGGAGGGUGUCUUUGAGCAUUUUUGGAGCAAGAAGAUGGCGGCCUUGCCUCUCGUCCUGAUGCGUAACCGUGUGUUUACAGCAGUCAUCUUGAACACCAUAUUCCUCGGGUUUGCUUACCUCGCCACACUUUACGCUGUACCGCUUCGCCUUCAGGUCGUCAAUGACAAGAGCCCAGUCAUUGCUGGUGUCAUGAUGCUUCCUAUGUUGGGUGGCACAGGCAUCGGCAGCGUCAUCACGGGUGCCCUGAGCAAGAGGCGAAACCGGCUGUCUGAGACGAUGACGGUCGCUUCUGCUUUGGUGACACUGGGCCUGGCCCUCGAGACAACGGUAUCAGACUCUGCCGAGCUCGAGCCAAAGUUCUUGGGCUUCCUGGUGUUCAUCGGUCUAGGCUAUGGGAUGGUUACAUCUUCUGCAACCAUGUUCACAGCCAUGGAGGCCCCUAUCACUGAACAUGCUCCAGCACAAGGCAUAAUUUCCCAGUCUCGGAUGCUUGGAGGAAGUAUUGGUAUCGCCAUGUCAACAGCAGUACUAGCGGUGGAGCAAAGGAAGCAGCUCGGCGAGAUGGUCCCAACAGAGAGCCUUCCCGCCUUGGUUUCCACUUCGCAAGCCGAUAUUCGCAAGGCAUACAACGAUGCAUUCAAACAGACGAUGCAGGUGUGCGCCAUAAUUGCGGGAGUUGGUGUGCUGCUUACCAUGGGCACAUACCGCCGCAACCGUGGCUCUCUGGAGGAGCAGAGGGGUGAGCAGGUCCGCGUUGAGAACGAGCGGCGGGAAGCCGAGAAAAGCGCGGCGGCAGAGACCGCGGGAUCUCAGUCAUCUGCCUAA